AUGGAAGCAAAAACUCACCAUAUAAUGAUGUUUCCAUGGCUGGCAUUUGGCCACAUGUUACCCUUCUUUGAGUUAUCGAAGCAAUUCGCAGCAAAAGGGAUCUUUGUUUCAUAUGUUUCCACCCCACGAAACCUGCAGAGACUUCCUCCCAUCCCAUCAUCUUUAGCAGCCAAGAUGGAGCUUCUCGAGAUCCAAAUGCAGCCGGUUGACGGACUACCGGAGAAUUGUGAGGCCAGCAUAGAUAUCCAGCCUGCACAAAUGCCGUUCCUGAAGAAAGCAUACGACACGUUAGCUGAGCCAUUCGAGCAUCUGCUUCAGAAGGCAAUUCCAGAUCUGAUAGUUGUUGACUUUGCUGCAUACAGAAUUUCAGAAGUUGCUGUCAAGUACGGCGUUAGCACUGCGUUUUUCAGCGUGUCUUCAGCUUACAUGUUGGCCUACAUGGGGUCACCAGCAGAGCUCAAGGGUGGGAAGCAACUUCCCAGUCCAAAAAGCGACACCAAACCACACACGAAGGAGAAUGCGGAGGGAGUGUCCAGCGGCCAACGUAUAGGAAAGGUUAUCGAGGAAAGCAGCUUUAUUUUGGUGAGAAGCUGCGAGGACUUUGAGGGCAAGUACUUGAAUAUAAUUCGAGAACUAUAUAGGAAGCCAGUUUUACCUGUUGGCUUACUUCCUCCGAUUACUGAAGAGAGCGAGCAUGUAUCAACCGACUCAAGCUGGCCUGAAACCUGCAAAUGGCUGGAUGGGAAAGAACCCAAGUCAGUAUUAUUCGUAGGGUUUGGGAGCGAGUACAAGAUGCCACUCGAGGAAAUACAUGAAUUGGCAUUUUCACUUGAGCUUUCGAGAUCACCUUUCCUCUGGAUUCUGAGGAAGCCACAAGGUGUGGAUAGCUCAGAUUUACUGCCUCCUGGUUUUGCCAGCCGUACUCAGAGCCAGGGUCUCGUUGUUCUCGGUUGGGCGCCUCAACAAAAAAUACUCGCCCAUCCAGCAAUCGGAGGAUGUUUUUUCCACUCAGGCUGGGGAACAUGUAUUGAAUCUCUUGCUCAUGGUCACCCACUAAUUCUUCUCCCCUUUAUAUCAGACCAAGGACUCACUGCUAAGCUGAUAGUGGAAAACCAAGCUGGAUAUGAAGUUCCCAGGAACAAAGAUAGUUCUUUUAGCCGGGACGUCGUUGCUGAUUCCAUAAGACGAGUUCUUGUAGAAGAUGAAGGUGAGCAGUUGAGGCUGAAGGCUGCAGAGCUGCAAAGUGUCUUUGGCAAUCAUGAGAGUCAAGAUAAUUAUAUGAACAAAUUCAUCGACCAUCUGAAAGACAACAUGACAAAGAAGCAAGUGUAAAAUCCAGUGAAACACGAAGAUCUGCAAUCACCAUAAACCAGGAAGAACAUGUCCUGCAUCGAGUCAUGUCCUGCAUCGAGUCAAGCAUUUAAUAAGUUCCAAGUUGGGUUUUCUUUUCGGUUCUUUCCCAACUUGUAUUAAGAGUCGAACCGCAUAGGUUAGUAUUAUAAAUAGGUCUUUGUCGUUUCUUUAUUUCUAUUAAGAGUGAAUAAACUUGUAUCUUAUCUUUCA